AUGGACACGCAACCGAACAGGCGUUUAAUUCCGAUACACGGUAACCUCGAUAUGGACCGAAGUUUCAAGAACAACAACACUGACUUUAGGAUGAAUCAGCAGAACUUCAGGCUGAUCGACUUCGGUGUCGAGUCGAGCACCGAGCAGAGUAAAGUCGUAGCCGCGAGGUACGCCCAAAUCACGGGCGUCCAGGUGCAGCAGGUGCAAAUGAGACCUGGAAGACUCGGUCCAGGAGGUGGACCGUCGAGUCCACUGCAGGUCGCCGGCUGCAAUCGAUCCCGGAUGACGUCGAGCAGCAGCUCGCGUAGUCCGAGCCAAUCGAUCGGACAAUUGAACCUGGAUCAAUUCCAGGCUUCUAGCCCGAGUAGUUUGACCGGAAACGGCUCGAUGUUGCAGCCCGGCGUCUCCUCGGUACCGUCGCCCGGUUAUUGGAGCCAUUACAGCGGACAGGAGAGCGGGUACGGCUCGGACGAAUUCGGCCAGGACUCGCCGAGAUACACCUCCCCUAAAGCUGCGGCCCUCUACGCAGACCAUUAUUAUAUCGAUGGAAACGCCGCAGGAACGGGUCCCGGAGACCCAUGGACGGGUGGCGGAGGUGGAGUCCAGCCCCCGUACAGCGGAUACGCACCCCCUCACCUGGCCCAGCCAGCCUACCCCAUGCACCUACCCCACGACCCCAUGGCUUACUCGGCCAUGUCGCCGAACGGAGAACCGGCGGCGCCGAUUCUGGGCUCGGCGGUGACCAGCGCGGCCUCACUGCCACCAAUGUCGACAUUCCGGGGUAGCGGCGCGGUCGGGGCGAACAGCGGAACCGGUGCACCUUCCCCGGCGUCGUUGCAAUAUAGUCAUAGUCCCGGUGCGCCGACGACCGGUGCGCCACCCCCGCCAAAUUCCGCGCCCACGACGAACCAACAACCACCGACGGGGGACAACCUCGGCAAAGCACUCGCGUCUGUAGUAAGUACCAGAAUCUACCCCACGGACCAAUCAGUAUCCAGUUAUAGCAGCAACCCAUCCACACCGGUCAGUUCGCCGCCACCUUUGACGGGUUCGGCGCCAGGCUGGGCAGCAGGUGCUGCGCCAGUCUCGCCGCACUUCACGGCGGAUCCGAACCGCGGAACCAUUCACAUGGGAACGCGGAUGGAGGAACGACUGGACGAUGCCAUAAACGUUCUGAGGAACCACGCGGAGAGCCAGCUGGGCCUACAUCUCGGUCCCGUUGGUCCACACGGUUCCAUCUACUCCCACACAUCACCACCGCAGUUGGACCAUUUGACGAGUCCACAUCCUGCGGUCACAGUGACGCAACCCCAGGGUUCCUACCCUGGUCUCACCCCCACGCCCGACACAGACGGUUCCAUAAAAAUCGAAAGGUUACCUGUAACAAAUGCCAAAAAGAGAAAGGACCCUCCGGAUAGUAGCGGUGGCGAGACGAAACCGUCGAGCAGCGAUCUGGCGGCAGCGGGUGUGAUCGGCGCGGCCACGGUUAACUCGACGUCUCAGGGAAAGGGGACGAAGAGAUCGCGCAGAUACGCUGAUGAAGAUUGUGACGAUCCCAGCACCAAAGCGGUGCGCGAGAAGGAACGUCGCCAGGCCAACAACGUGCGUGAAAGCGCCGAGGACGAGGAUGACGAUCCCGACGUUAAGGCGCAAAGGGAGAAAGAGAGGCGGCAGGCGAACAAUGCUAGGGAAAGGAUACGUAUUAGGGACAUCAACGAGGCCUUGAAGGAACUCGGCAGAAUGUGCAUGACGCACCUGAAGACGGACAAACCUCAGACGAAGCUAGGCAUCCUGAACAUGGCUGUCGAAGUGAUCAUGACGCUGGAACAGCAAGUUAGGGAACGAAAUCUAAAUCCAAAGGCUGCGUGCUUGAAGAGGAGAGAGGAGGAGAAAGCGGAGGAUGGACCGAAACUACCCGGCCAUCUCGCCGCGCACAUAGCUCACCCGCACCCUCACCCGCACGCGCAUUCUCAGCCACCCUUUUCCGCGAUGCCUGGCCCUCCCCCUUCCCUUCAGCACAAUCCAUCGCAGCCCCAGUAG